AAGAAGAUGAAGAAGAAAAGUUACCCUAAUCUUCUUCACUUUCAGCUGUGAAAUCAUUUCCGAUGGCCGGGAUCCACGUGGUGGCGAUGCCUUUCCCCGGCCACGGCCAUAUAAACCCUAUGAUGAACCUCUGCAAAUUGCUGGCCUCAACGCAACCCCAUAUUCUCAUCACCUUCGUCGUCACCGAAGAGUGGUUCACCUUCAUCGGCGCCGAUCCCACGCCUCCAAAUCUCCGCUUCGCCACCAUCCCUAACGUCAUCCCGCCGGAGAGGCUCAAGGCCGCCGACUUCCAAGCCUUCAGCGAAGCCGUCGUCACCAAGAUGGAACCUCCCUUCGACCAACUCCUUCACCGCCUUCAGCCCCCUGCGGCUGCCAUCAUCGCCGAUGUGGAGCUGCGUUGGCCCAUCGCCGUCGGAGCUCGACGGAAUAUUCCGGUCGCCUCGCUCUGGACUAUGUCGGCUACCUUUUUCUCCAUGCUUUACAGAGCCGUUGUUUCCUUUCGGCUCCGGCAACUGCCUCCUAAUUGGUUGGAUCAUGGUGAUGAAGAAGUGGAUCAAAUUUCAGGGCUUUCUUCAACACAUAAAGCAGAUCUUCGGAAAGUGUUUGAAGAGAAUGAUAAUAGAGUCGUGGAGAUUAUAUUGGAUUGCAUAUCCAGAGUGCCAAAAGCCCAUUGUUUACUAUUCACUUCCUUCUAUGAGUUAGAACCCCAAAUGAUGGAGACUUUGAAAUUGGAAUUCCCUUUCCCUGUCUACACAAUUGGCCCUGCAAUCCCCUACUUUGAGCUGGAAAAGGAACCUCAAGCAGCUAAUAACAAUGACUCCAAUUAUCAACAAUGGUUGGAUUCCCAACCUGCUGAUUCUGUGCUCUACAUUUCAUUGGGAAGCUUUCUUUCGGUCUCAGCUUCCCAAAUGGAUGAAAUAGUUUCUGGGCUACAAAGCAGUGGUGUUCGGUUCUUGUGGGUGGCUCGUGGGGAAGCUACUCGGCUGAAGGAGCGAUGCAGCGAAAAGGGGUUAGUCGUGCCAUGGUGUGAACAAUUGAAGGUCUUGUGUCAUCCCUCAGUAGGUGGGUUCUGGAGUCAUUGUGGCUGGAAUUCAACUUUGGAAGCUGUUUUUUCAGGGAUUCCUAUGCUUACUCUUCCUCUAUUUUUGGAUCAAAAUCCCAACAGUACCCAUAUUGUUGAAGACUGGAAGAUUGGGUGGAGGGUAAAGAGAACCAAGGUUGGAACUGAAACAUUGAUUGUCAAAGAAGAAAUAUCAGAGAUUGUCCAAAGAUUCAUGGAUCUCAACAGCUCUGAGGGAAAGCAAAUGAGGGAUAGAGCCAAAAAGCUAAAAGAAAUUUGUCACAAAGCAGUAGGGGAAGGUGGAUCGUCUCACCGAAACCUGGGUGAAUUUAUAAGGAGCAUUUCAAAAGGUGACAUCAAAUAGGAUGGAUUUCAUCUACUCUACUCUGUCUAAUACUUGGAAUUCUCAACCCAAAGCUCACACCCCAUAGUGUUGUGUUCUGACUGUACUAUAAUGUGUUGAAUCUACCGCCUCUUCUCUUCACUGUAAAGGAUUGUACCAUCUUGAUAAAUAAUACAUGUGUAAUCUAUAAAGAUGCAAAGGUUUGGUGUAA